AUGAGUUCAUCAGGCGAGAUCAAUGGCAAUCCUUUUACAACACAAAACUUUUCAUCCGAAAAGCGUUCAUUAAGUGAAAUAAAUACAACAAAACGAACUGGAUACGGGAGUUUAGCUAAAUCUCAAAUUCAACCGAUUUUCUAUAUUCGACAUAAACUAGAACAUGGUGAAACAAUUCAACGAUUGGCACUUAGAUACAGUGUAAACAUUCAAGAAAUUAAACGAGUUAAUAAACUUUGGUCUGAUUCAGAACUUUGUUUAUUAUCGAACGUUCUUAUACCGGUGAAUAAUAGUCAAUUAACUAUACUUAAAGCAACAUAUCCCACGUUAGACAUUUUGCAAGGAUCAUCACCAAUAAGCAAUCAUCAGUCAAGAAAAACAUCAACGAGUAAUGACGAUGAUAAUCAAUCAGUUGUAAGUUCAUCUACAAGUACAUCAUCUUUCAAUAAAAAAGAAUCUUAUCAAGAUUACUUUUCAAAAGUUGAUAAACAAAUUUGUACAUCAAAAAAGUCGUUACAAACUCUUGGUGCUGAACACACAAGGUCAAAAACAUUACCUUCAUCUUCGUCUUCCUCUUCAAGAAUCUCUAUGUGUUCCUCAAUAAUGGGCGAUGAAGGUGAUACAUCAAUAAUAUCACAUAAUGCGCGUUUAACGUAUCCAUCAACUGCAAAUAAUAAUACCGAUUCUGAACAUUAUCAACAUAGAAAGCCUAUUUCAUCGAGCGAUGUAAUUGUUAAUAUUCCACAAUCUAACUCGCGUGAUAAACAUGCUCGUGCUGCACUCGAACGGAUACAACGAGAAAAAGACGAUAUUUAUGAACUCUAA